AUGACUUCGGCACUUUUUUUGGAGUCCUCCGCUCACAGAGCCACGAGACCAGCGUGUCCCAUUGUUUACACACGGGAGCAGCUUCUCGGACUUAGAGACUCCGCUUUCCGGCACUCAGAGAAGCCGGUGAUCCCCUUGGAGAUCCGUAGGAGACGCAGGGUCUCCAGAGGAGGCCGAAAGAGGAAGAAGAGACCGUAUCUCCCCUCCAUCCUCAUGGGGAACGUACGGUCCAUCUCUAAUAAGACUGAGGAGCUGACCGCACUGGGACGUGCAGUCAGGGGAGGCAGGGGAGGCAGAGCCUCACCUGCCAUUAUUGGAAACUAA